AUGUCGAUCUUAACUUCAAUUUUAUUUUUUUUUCCUCACCUUUUUCCACGUGAGAGAAUUCUCAUUAUUUUUUUUUACCCUUCUCUUUCACGUCUUCUUUCUUCUUGGGCAUGGAUUACCCCACACAAACUUCCGCUGCCACUGCUGCCAUGUCGCAGCCCCCCUUUCCCAAUAACUUUUGAUGAUUUGCGUCCCAAGUUACUACUGCAUGAACAAAGAUUGAAAUCUUCUAAGGAUGCAUCUGAUCCCUCCUCCCAUCAUGCCUUACUUGCCGUUAAAUCUACUAGUACUGGUUCACCUUCCUCCUCCCAGAAUAAUUCUGGAGGGAGAAAUCGGGGCAGGAAUAACAGAAACAGAGGUGGUAAUAAUACUCGUGGGGGCAACAAUGCUCGGAAUAAUAAUGGUUGGCAUGGUGGACACAAUAAUAAUCGUGGCUCUGGAGGAAACAAUAACAACAAUGGUAAUCGGGGACGCUCAAAUGGUCACCAAGCUGCUUAUUGUCCCCAGCGUUUCAAUCAUAACUUUGUUCCCUCCUCCUCAGAAAGUGUCACUCGAGCCUUAGCUGCACUGUCUGUUGGUGGUGAAUCUAAUGACUCAGUCUGGUACCCGGAUUUGGGAGCUGCAUCCCACAUGACUCCUCAGGAUGGACCAGAUAACGGGGGAAGUUCUGCUUCAGGGAACCAGUAAACAAGGUGUCUACCCUCUUCAGCCUAGCAUUGUCCCUCCUGAGCCUUCAGUUCCUGCUUUCCUAGCCACUAAGGAGUCGGGUGCCAUGUGGCAUGCUCGUCUGGGUCAUACAUCUUCUAGCAUUAUAGGAAAUUUAUGUUCAAAUAAAUACAUCACAUGUACUUCUAAAUUUCAUGAUGAUUAUGUAGGAUGUAAGUUAGGGAAAAUACAUCGUUUACCUUUUGAUUCUGUUGAACAUAUUUCUACAUAUCCAUUAGAUAAAAUUCAUAGUGAUC